AUGGAAAGACAGGGAAGAAAAGCAACACAUUGCCUCACCACUGAGACAUCCGUUGAUCGGAAACCUCCAUCAGCUUGGCCGCUGCACUCUCAGCCACCGUUACGGUCCUCUCAUGCUACUUCACUUUGGCCGUGUCCCCGUUCUUGUAAUCUCUUCUGCGGAUCGGAUGCGGCUAAAGACAUUUUGAAGACGCACGACCGGAUUUUUGCGAGCCGUCCACAGUCAAAAAUCUUCCAAAAGCUUCUUUAUGAUGGGCCUGAUGUGGCUGUGGCUCCUUAUGGAGAGUAUUGGAGACAAAUGAAGAGUGUGUGUUCUUCAUCUCUAUUAGACUUGAGUAGUGAUUAA